AUGGAUGUAGAUGAGAUUAAGAAGAGGUGGAGGGAUGAGAAUGAAGUUGCUACUACUACUCAUGUUUCUAGUGAUGAGGGUGUAGGACCAGGUUCUUAUAUGGAUGAUACGUUUGCUUCUUUUUUAUCAGUUGGUCUCCCAGAAAAUCGGAUAUGGAAAGAAGAGCUAAUCUCCAGUCUUUUUUCUGAUGAGGAGGUGGAAGCGAUCAAAUGUAUUCCUCUAUCUAAAACUAGAUGUGAUGACUGUCAAGUGUGGCGAGGGGAAAAAACAGGUCAAUACACUGUUCGUAGUGGUUAUAAAGAGCUAAUGUCUCAAAGCGACACUACGGAAAUAUCAGAGGAUAUCCAAAUGGUGUUUAAAAAAUUGUGGUCUUUAUCUGUGCCUGCUAAGAUCAAAAUAACGAUGUGGCGAGCUCUAAGAGGAUUUUUGCCAACAGGUCAGGUACUGUUUAAUCGAAGGAUUAGAAACUCUGCAAUUUGUUCUCGAUGCAAUAUGGGUUCAGAAUCUUUGCUUCAUGUGGUCGCAGAAUGUAAUAAUGUAAAAGAAAUUUGGGAUGGAAUAGGCAUUUCCUGGGACAGUAACUUGAAUUUGGAGACUUUUUGGCUUUGGUUUAUUCACCUGGUUCAACAUAAGGAAGAGAGGAUAUGGGAGAAGGUGGUCAUAGCGAUUUGGGCAAUAUGGUGGGCUCGUAACAAACAAGUGAUGGAAGGUAUCUCAACAACAAAGCGGAGUUCAAUAGCAAAAAUUCUAAGCAUGGUUGAAGAAUUGAAAGUGUUGAAUGAGAAAUUACCUGUAAUAAAGGCGGUGGGUUCAGACUGUUGGAGACCACCACAAGAGCCGUCGGUUAAACUGAACUUUGAUGCAGCCUACAAACCCAAACAAACAAAUCAUGCUCAGGUUUUAUUAUUAGAGAUGGAAGAGGAAAGGUAA